AUGGCGCGCCGCCAGCACCUCACCGCGACAGUCCUGCUGGCCGUCGUGCUCUUCUUCAGCAUCACGUACCUCCUCUCGGGCUCGUCCAGCUCCAAUGCGGAUCGAACGCGCGAGGCCGUAGUGGCAGAGCCCAAGUCGGAAUUCAAGGUGGAUUUUGACGGCAUGCCGGCCAACCUGCUGGAGGGAGAGUCAAUAGCACCCAAGCUGGAGAAUGCGACUCUCAAAGCCGAGCUCGGUCGCGCAACAUGGAAAUUCAUGCACACAAUGGUCGCCCGCUUCCCCGAGAAGCCCUCGCCCGAGGAGCGCAAGACGCUCGAGACCUUCAUCUACCUCUUCGGCCGGCUGUACCCCUGCGGCGACUGCGCGAGGCACUUCCGGGGCCUGCUGGCAAAAUAUCCGCCGCAGACGAGUAGCCGGAAUGCGGCUGCCGGAUGGCUGUGUUUUGUGCACAACCAGGUCAACGAGAGGCUGAAGAAGCCCAUAUUUGACUGCAACAACAUUGGCGACUUUUACGACUGCGGCUGCGGGGACGAGAAGAAGGACGGG